AUGAGCUCUGCUGUUCCCGAGACCAGUCUGCCAACGCCCGAGAAUCCUGGACGGCUAGCGUCUGCCGCCACCAUCGUAGCGCCAUUUCAAAAGCAGAUUAGCGACGCCAACGCAGCUCGACUCGACACCGGCAAGCGGAAGGCAAAGCUUGUCGGUAUCCUGGCGACUCCCAGUGGACCCAGUGUUGCGUACGCGGAAUGGACGAAGAAAGCUUGCGAAGCCGUGGGUAUCGAGUUCGAAAUUUGGAAGACAUGGGAUGACUCAGAAGCCCCCAUCAAUGGUGACGAUGAGCCCAUGAAUGGGGGCACCUCGGAGCAAUCCGCCGACGUAGAGCUCGAAGGAGACGUCGAGGACCUCAUCAUCGCGGCAAAUGCCGACGCAAAGGUGCACGGAAUCAUGAUAUACUACCCAAUCUUCGGCGGACGACAGGACACCUACUUGCAACAGAUCGUCGAUCCUCGAAAAGACGUCGAGGGCUUGCAUUUCUCGUACUGUUGGAAUAUGUACCACAACGUUCGCUGGAUCUCUCCGAAGCAACUUGGCGGUGCUCCAGGCACGGUCACAGAGCCGCGAGGCGGCAACUUGUCGCCCACCAUGCGCAGACUUUCGCUCUCGUCACCUGACGGCGCUUCGGCCGAAGAAGCUGUGCCGAAAGGCUUCGCAAAGUCGAUUCUCCCCUGCACACCUCUGGCGAUCGUCAAAUGCCUUGAAGCUCUCGGUGUGUACGACACCUCGCUGCCUUACGGGGACCGCCUAUACGGUAAGACUAUCACGGUCGUAAAUCGUAGUGAAGUCGUUGGCCGACCCCUUGCAGCGUUGUUGAGCAACGAUGGCGCCAAGGUCUACAGCGUGGACAUCGGCUCUGUGCAAGAGUUCAACAAACGAGGCGGAGCCAUUGCACGAGCUGAAACGCUUUCAGGGGGUGACGAAACAUCACAAGCUGGGCGCAAGCGAUCAUCUGUGGUUCUCGAAGCUAGAGCUGCCAACUCUUCCAGGCGCCUUCGACCCCACCACAUCGUCAGACCCUGCUCCCUGGACCUGGAAGCUUGCGUAGGCGCUUCGAACGUCAUCAUCAGCGGCGUCCCUUCUGCCAAUUUCAAGAUCCCAACUGCUUGGGUUCCGCGCGGCGCAACGACGGUCAACUUCAGUAGCGAAAAGAAUUUUGAGAAAGACGUGCGCACGCGCGCUGCUCUUCACUUGCCCGCUGUCGGCAAGAUGACGAUUGCGAUGCUACAGCGAAACCUUUUGAGGCUCGUAGAAUAUCGUGAGCUCACUGACGCCGAUACU